CAUUUGCUUGCGUAUCGUAGAUGUGCACCCAUACGCAGACAUUCAUAGAGGGCGUCUUGUUAUUAAGCGUCCCCAAUGGGUUCAACUUGUCGCCACCCAUUUGGGCUCAUUAUUAUUCACCUAACCUCAUCACAAACAGAAUAAAAAUGACAGCUCUCAAUCAAAUUGUAACGCUGUACCAGAAUUUGAAGCAGGAGUGGACAAAGACCCCUAGUAAUCUUAAGAAAUGUGGUGAUUUACUCAAUCAAUUAAAGGUGGGCCUUACUCAUUUAAUGUUUCUACCAACAUCAAACAGUGCGGCAUCACAGAAGGAACUUCUCAUUGCACGAGAUAUUCUGGAGAUCGGAGCACAAUGGAGCAUCGCAGCGGAGGACAUUCCCUCCUUCGAGCGUUACAUGGCUCAAUUGAAAUGCUACUACUUUGACUACAAAUCAGCCCUCCCUGAGUCGGCCUACAAGUAUCAACUUUUGGGUUUGAACCUCUUGUUCCUCCUCUCACAGAAUAGAGUAGCGGAAUUCCACACAGAACUGGAACUCCUACCCUCUGAUCAAAUCCAAUCGAAUGUCUACAUCAGACAUCCUCUGAGUCUCGAACAGUGUCUCAUGGAGGGAUCCUACAACAAGAUCUUUUUAGCUAAAGGAAACGUCCCUGCAGCUUCUUACACCUUCUUCAUCGAUAUUCUCCUCAACACUGUACGCGAUGAAAUUGGCGCUUGUAUGGAGAGUGCCUACGACAAAGUUUCUCUCAAGGAUGCAGCAAGAAUGCUCAAUCUCAAUUCCGAACAAGACACUCUAGCGUUCGCCACUAAAAAGCAGUGGAAGCUCGCCAAAGAUGGCUACUUCUACUUCGGUCCAACCCACGAGAAGAAGACAGAGGAUCCCAUACCAUCUGCCGAUCUCGUGACCCUUGCAAUUGACUACGCCAGGGAACUCGAGAUGAUUGUAUAACUUUUCCUUCACUGAAUUCUCAUACUUUAUUUUUAUGGUUUCUUUGUUUUCUUGUAAGCUCUUAACAAAAUAAAAUUUCUAAUAACUUACAA